AUGGAGAAGGACAAGGGACCUUCGACGCCUUCUCCUCCCGAAGACAUACUCGUUGUGGAUGAGGGAGAGUCGGCAACCUCAAAAGACGAGAUCAUCGCGAGACUCAAGAAAAUAAUCGCUGAGCAAGGCAACACCAUCGCUGACCAGGUCAACACCAUCGCUGACCAGGUCAACACCAUCGCUGAGAAUGAUAAAACCAUCGCCGAGCAAAAGAAGAACGUUGCUCAGACUAAAUUUCUCGAAUUUCUUCAUCUCGUCAACGAGCGCGUCUACGACAAGUUUACGAUUGAGACGGACCGGUCACAGCUCGCACUGGGAACUACAUCGGUGGCCGGCAAGUUUUGUCCCCGGCAUCUUCGUCGUUGGGCCAGCUUUGGAGCACUGCAUGACCAGAAAUUCCAGGAGCUGGAAGAUCGCCUCAAUCCCGUGGAUGCGUGCUUUUCGUCGCCCCACGAUGUUUCUGGCUUUUUGUCUGCCUUCAGCCCAAAGGCCAAGAACGAGGCAACGCUGCGCCCCUUUUUACGCAUUGCUCUCGAGAAGCCGGCCGCUACGGUUGUGAAUGAAUACCUUCACGCUGCGUCCGAAAGCCCUGACACUAAGUCCCGCGAUUAUGUCCAUUUCACAGACCAAGACAAGACAACGCAGACAUCGAGAUCCUCCAAGAACAUACUCGCAUCGAGCACGGGCGGUGCCAGCAACCCCGACCGCAUCUGCGUGUACGACCACAACAAGGAAACCAAGGUCAAAGUACCUUUCAUCGUCGGCGAGUACAAGGCUGCGCACAGGCUGACGGGCCCCAAGCUAGAGCAUAUGCUAGACAGCCCGCCGGAAGACUACCUGACCAAAGCGACACGCAUCGACGUAGCUGUUUCUCCGAACGAUGCGCCCAAUGACGCCGUUUUUAGCAACAAGUACCCCUCGGUGUACACAUUCAUCUCCUCGUUUCACCGAGCUACCAUCCACAAUCAGUCCAACAUCCAACCUCACCCAGUCGCAGCUCUUGCAUGUGAUCAUGGCUGA